AAAAUGGUGACCGAUGAAGAAAUUGAACAAGAAUUCGGGGAGUUCUCGAUUAAAAUCGACGAUGUUGCCAUCYUAGAUAAACUGAAAGAUAUUUGCACUGACUGCCAGCUUACACCAGAAGAUCUUGUUAGUGAAUGGGUAGCAUUUGCACAGACAUCAAAACUUGAAAACAAUGACAUUAAAGUGGAGUUGCUUGAAGAGUUUGAGCGCAAACAGUCCUUCGAAAGAAACAAAAAACUUCAAACUCAAUUUAGCAAACACGAAGGGAGUUCGCGUAUGGUUACUAAAGACGAUUUAGAUGACUAUAUUAAUGAAGAAGACGCAGAGGACAUGCUGGAUAUGUAUUGCCAGACCCCCAGAAAUAAGAAAUCUCUUAAAAGAGCUCUCACCACCCCAGAAGCUCCAAAUAACAAGAGACACACAACACUUAGUAGGACUCCUGGUCCUAACACGGCAUUCUCACCUUCUAGUUUUUCUCCUGCAAUGGCCACUCCGUCAGUMAAGUAUGGCUCAAGGCAUAAUGCUGGGGAUGUUGUCUGUUCCUUUGGUUCAGCAACCAGUAAUUGGAAGGGUACUGGAGCAGCAUUAAGAAUAACUCAUGCUGAUGAAGAGAUUGCAUUAACAGAAAAAUUUAGAUACAUGUUCCAAAARCAGGCUGAUAAAGCUAAUGUUUUGAAUGAUAUGAUCGAUGAAAUGGCUGAAAAACUUCAAAAAGAGCAUGGCAUCGAAGAAUUUGCUGAUAUGACAUCAUCCAGCCAGGUUGAUGUUAAUGUUGUUGGUAGAGUGUGCUGUGAUUCUGUUGGCAAACUCAAUGCCAGUUCUCUCAUGUUGGAAGGUUCUCUUGACCUGUGUCAAGGCCAACAAGUCAAAGUUGAUCUGUCAAAUGUGCAACAGUUUGCUUUAUUCCCUGGACAGAUAAUUGCAGCAAGAGGACUCAACAGCACGGGACAGAAGCUUGUUAUUAACCAAAUCUAUAAGGGAACACAGUUGCCUUUUUAUUCAUCUCUGGAUAAGAAUGGAAAGACUCUUCAUAAGACUUCUGAUCCUUUUACAAUGAUGGUUGCAGCCGGUCCAUUUACCACAACAGACAGUCUUAUGUAUGAACCACUCACUGAUCUUAUUAAUGUUGCUCAAAAAGACAAACCAGAUGUACUUGUUUUGCUUGGUCCAUUUGUAGAUGCCAAACAUGAUAAAAUUGAGAAUGGUGACCUUGAGGAGACAUAUGAAGAGCUGUUCAAAAGACAAGUUGGAGGGAUUUUGAAAGCUUUGGAAAAACAGCAGACAACUGUUGUGUUUGUACCAUCCCAAAGAGACGUGCAUCAUGACUUUGUUUAUCCACAACCACCAUUUUUGAUUGAUGGUUACCAAGACAACAAGAAUGUCCAUUUUGUGUCAGAUCCUUGUACUCUCUUGAUCAAUAAUGUAGCCAUUGGGCUGACUUCAACUGAUAUCUUACUCAACUUGGGAAGUGAAGAAACAGCAAGCCCUCCAGGAGCAUCUGACAGACUAGGAAGACUGGUCAAACACAUUCUCUACCAACAUAGUUAUUACCCAUUACACCCUCCGAGUGAGGAGGUGAACAUGGACUACGAGAAAUAUUCAGCAUAUUCCUUCUUUUCGUGUACUCCCGACAUUUUAAUCCUGCCGUCUGACUUAAGAUACUUCACAAAGGAUGUUCUUGGUGGUCUGUGUGUGAAUCCUGGUCGUCUUACCAAGGGCCAAGUAGGAGGAACAUAUGCAAGACUUCAUGUAAAACCCGAUAGCACACAUACAGAUAUAUCUAUGUCACAUGUUCUUCAAAACUCCUCAGCUCAAGUUGUAAGAAUAUAGAUUGAUUGGUUAAAAUUUUGGAGACAGAGCAGAAAAAUAAAGUGAAAGGGUGAUAAAUCAUGUCAUUUGCAGGGCCAUUUCACCACUCUCUUUCUCAGUCUUGUAGGUGGUGCAAAAUGCAGAUGGCUACUGACCCUAAUCCCCUAGAAAAUGUAAAAUGUCCUAGCAUUGRCAUUGGUCCAUAGUUUUUCUUAUAAAAAUACUGGUAACUGCAUGAUAUAGAUGUUUUUAAUAUUGUGUAAAUUAAUUGUAGUUUAGACAAUCAUCAGCUCAUGUAGGUUCACUGUGUUGUAACAUUGUGAAUAAUUUGCAUUAUUUAAUCAACAAAACUUCUUCAACCUGACUAUUUUAUUAAUAUGGAAAUGCCUUUUGUUAAAAAAUGA